AUGACACCAUCACACGCAUGGUCCUCUGGUGGAGUGGCAUCAGGUGACACAAUUCAAUGUCGAAUCGUGCUGGAGGCGAGGCGAGACCGCGGACCAUCGUCGAUGAGAAAGUUUUCCAGAAGGCAUGGCCGAGUCAACUGUUAUUGCAACGCAUCGUCUACUCGUUUCCUUAUCGGAACGUUCGGGCAUCAACAUUUGCCUCACUUUCAACGAACUAACUUGUCUCCGUUUCUCAUCCAAUCUGGGCCGGAUAUAGUCAGAGACUACUCAUCUUAUUGGACAUGA